CCUGCCGCCUUCAGGUUUGGGCCGAACGAAAAGGACGCGCCUUCCUUCUGGUCGCAGCUGCCGGGAAAGGCUGCAUGCCGUCCUCGGGGCCGGUGGGCCCGGCGCGCUGACCGCGUUUUCCCUUUCCCGCCGUCCCCCGAUUCCUGCGGAGCCGGCUGCCGGCGGCUCUUGCGCGACGCUCCCUGGCCCCGCCGCCCGCCCGGGGCGCUGAAGGCUGGAGGCCGGAGUCUCGGGGCCUGUGCCGGGUCGGCGGCGCCUUCUGCGGUGGCGGAUGAGCAGCCAGGGCGGCGGGGCCUGAGCACGGCCCGGGGCCCUCAGGGCCGGCUGCUGGCGGGAUGGGCAUCUUGGAAGGGGUGAUUUGGGCCAACGGGAGCACAGCCCUACCCCCACCCGUGGCACCCAACAUCAGCGUCCCGCAUCGCUGUCUGCUGCUGCUCUAUGAAGAUAUCGGAACCUCCAGGGUCCGGUACUGGGACCUCUUGCUGCUCAUCCCCAAUGUGCUCUUCUUCAUCUUCCUGCUCUGGAAGCUUCCAUUCGCUCGGGCCAAGAUCCGCAUCACCUCCAGCCCCAUUUUUAUCACCUUCUAUAUUCUGGUGUUCGUGGUGGCGCUGGUGGGGAUCGCCCGGGCCGUGGUGUCCAUGACGGUCAGCACCUCGGAUGCUGCGACUGUUGCCGAUAAGAUCCUGUGGGAGAUUACCCGCUUCUUCCUGUUGGCCAUCGAGCUGAGUGUGGUCAUCCUGGGCCUUGCCUUUGGUCACCUGGAGAGCAAGUCAAGCAUCAAGCGGGUGCUGGCCAUCACCACGGUGCUGUCCCUGGCCUACUCUGUCACCCAGGGGACACUGGAGAUCCUGUACCCUGACGCCCACCUGUCGGCUGAAGACUUCAACAUCUACGGGCAUGGGGGCCGCCAGUUCUGGCUGGUCAGCUCCUGCUUCUUCUUCCUGGUCUACUCUCUGGUGGUUGUGCUCCCCAAGACCCCGCUGAAGGAGCGCAUCUCCCUGCCUUCGCGAAGGAGCUUCUACGUGUAUGCGGGCAUCCUGGCGCUGCUCAACCUGCUACAGGGGCUGGGAAGCGCGCUGCUCUGCGCCGACAUCAUCGAGGGGCUCUGCUGUGUAGAUGCCACCACAUUUCUCUACUUCAGCUUCUUUGCGCCCCUCAUCUAUGUGGCCUUCCUCCGGGGCUUCUUUGGCUCAGAGCCCAAGAUCCUCUUCUCCUACAAAUGCCAAGUGGACGAGACCGAGGAACCGGACAUGCACCUGCCCCAGCCCUACGCUGUGGCCCGGCGGGAGGGCCCCGAGACAGCAGGAGCUGCUAGCACACAGUUUGACUCGGCCGGUGGGGUGGCCUGCUUGGACGACAUUGCGUCCAUGCCCUGCCACACGGGCAGCAUCAACAGCACAGACAGUGAGCGCUGGAAGGCUAUCAAUGCCCGAGUGUGACCACCGUGGCCGGAAGGCCUGCUGGGGCCUGUGCAGGGCAGGCUGGAGAGAAGACCAGGGAGUGCCAAGUCGCUGGGGGAGGAGGAGGAGGAGGUCAUGGGACCUUCUGUAGGCAGCAGCCCCACGCAGGCCCUGUCUCACCUUCUGUGUCCCCAGUUGCCUUUGGCCACCUCUGCUCUAGCUGGGGGCUGCCUCCCCCUUCCACCUUCCACCUGCCCUCUCCCUGCUCAGCAACAUGACCCAGACUCUGAUCUCUCAGGGCCAUGCCUGCCUAGGCCGGCUGAGGGCACCUCCUUUCUCCAAAGCCUGGGCACCCAGGACCAGUCUGGCCCUUCUCAUCCCUCUGCCUCCUCCCCAUGGCGCUUUGGCUUCCUCAAAGCCCACUCCGGUGGGUGGGCUGAAGUGUGUAUAUUUUCUUGAUCUAUUUUUUAAUAAAAAACAAAAGGAGCAGAAGGUGCGGCUGUGCAAGUUCCUCUUAGGAGCCCGAGGGCUGGGGUGAGAACCUGCGACAAUCAGAGGUCCUGGCAGGUCCCUCUGCAUCCCGAGCCCUAGGAGGCUCUGGGCUCCUUCUUUUGCUUAACAGAGAAACACUGGCCAGUGCACAGGCCCUAGGCUGGCUGCUGGGGAAGUGGGGGGGCAAGUGGACGAGACCCAGUGCUCUGUGUUCCGGGCCCCCGUCCAAGCAGACAAGAGACGUGGAAAGGGAACCAUGGUUCUGUGAGCAGCUGUUUCCCUGUUCUUUUGCAGAGCGUGGGGUUUGGAGUGAGCCCUGCAGGUCCCGUCCUUUCUCUGUGCCUUCUGCUCUGCCCUCCUGGACUGGGCGAUUCCCCUCCCCCUGCUCCAGCUCGCCAUCUGUGAAAUGGGGAUAAGGAGGCCUGUCUUGCAGGGGCUGCUAUAAGGAUUAGGAAAUAGUGAAGGGCCGGCAGAUGCUUAUGGAGCAAUAGCCAUAAUUCGAUUGUUUUUAGCCCCUAGAAUAGUGCUUGCCACAUAGUAGGCACUCAGAAGGUAGGAUGACAGGGACUGACAUCAGAAUCGAUGUGAUAAGCUAAACAUGGGGCUAAGUCAGAAUAAAGCAAGCUGUAAACAAGAGGAGGGAGGUGCUGUGUGUCCGUGUCUCUGCCAUUGUACCUAAGCUUGGCCUUGGGUCUUCAGGCAGCUGGAGAAAAAGGGCGUUGAUGGUUAUGUCAUUCCCACCGCCAGAGAGAGGUGGUCUCAGUGGGGCCACGGGGGUGCUGAGGGUCAGGCCUGGCACCCACCUGCAUUGCCAGCCCUCUUUCAUGGCAGGACACCAAGGGCACUAGCUCCAACACGGCUUGUGACUCUGGGGGCCAUUGUGUCAUGCUCCCCAGGAUCCGGGGCCCAGAGGGCUGUCAGUGGGCCAGGAGGUUCCUUCUCAGAGCUUUCCUGGAAGAUGGUGGGCGGGGGCAGGAGGCCUCCAGGGCAUUCCAAGAAGGACAAGUGUUGGGGGCUGGGUAGGGAGGCCUGGACAGGCCAUUCCAGAGCCGCACUCAGUACCAGUGGCCUGGGACGCCUGUGCCGUCCAAGAGGCCAGAGUGACAGCCUGGGUUUGCUCAGUGUGAUACCUGAGCAAACAGCCCUGUCGAUGGGGAGGCACCCACAGAAGAAGAGGCUAGAAGCCUGGUUUUUGUUCUGAUCUUAAAGUUUGUGUUUGUUUUUUUUUAAGAGAAACCUUUAUUUCCUUGUUUCACAAAUAAACUUAGCUGAAUUGGUUGCUUUUUGGUGAUUUUAAUAGGUAACAUGCACAUGGCAAAGAAAAGUUCACACGGUGCGGGGAGGUGCACAGUGGAGCACGAAUCUCCUCCCGGCCCUGGCAUUCACUUUCCCCAGCCCCUGCCCCAGAAGCACCACCAAGGCCAGGGGCUCCACUGCCGGCCCGAGUGCCUGUGUGUGUUCACACGUUACCCCUGUCCCGGGAACAUAGACGUUCUGUCGGUUUUUUCUUCACUUCACACUUGAUCUUCGGAUCGUUCCGUGUCAGGUGGCGGAGCGGCUUCACUCCGGCAGCUGCAUACAUUACGGAUAUACCGCAGUUUAUUUGACCAGUCCCAUUGGGAUGGAUUUUUGUUCCCAAUACGUUUUGCAACAACAGACAAUGCAGCGACAAAUAUCCUUAUAACUAUGCUUCCGGUAACUCACGCACGUGAUGUGACUGGAGCACACGGUCUUAAUUAGUUUUGUCUUACCGCCUUCCGGCAGAGACUAAUAGCUGUCCUCCAACGUGUCCCCCUUU